AUGAAGGACCUCUUUCGACGCCUCUCCAAGGAUGGGUGGCUCGCUGAGGGGGACUCUGGAAGCUUCGGGUGCGAGCAGUGGUAUACCGCGUUUCGAUUUCUGUCAGAGUUUUCCGUUGAAUCUAUCACCCACCACGCCGUUCGCUGCCCCAUCCCCGCAGGGGACGCGAAGGACAAAAGCCAAGCCGCGGUAUCCACCGUCUUCAUCGAAACUGAGAAGCCAAAGCAAGGCAUCCUCAUCGCCGAAAAGGUCGCGCGGCUGAUUUGGCAGACGCAUUUACGGUCAAUGGGGACCGGAGUCCUUCACGUGGGGCUCGUUCUGGGAGGGGACGGGACCCUGGGAGAGGUCAUCCACGGCGCCUGCCGCGGGACCCUUGCAGCCUACCGCCACCAAGGCCCGGACUUUGCGAGCUCAAGUGGGGAUCUCCCGGCGGAAUCCGCCGGUCAAGCGCACCCGCCGAAUGGUGCUGGCGAAGAUAUGGUGUGGGCAAGUGGGGGUCCUGCACGGUAUUAUUCAUGCGUUCAGGAAGACAAGGCUGUGCUUCGUCGCCUCUUGCCAGUAAUACUGUAUAUCCCGAGCGGUACGGGCUCCGAUUUUGCAAAGUUGAAGCUGUGUUGUUCAACAGUGAAGGAGAGUCUGCAAGUUCUUUCUGCAGUUGCCGCGGAUUUUGUCCAAGACUUCGCGCCCGAUAGUUGUAGAAUUUCAGACAACCAAUUCGAUCAGAUUUCAUCCUCCACGACAAGUUUAAUGGAAACUUCUUCAAACAUUGAGAAUAAAAAAACAUCAAACGUAUCUCAUGCAUUCUUUUCCUAUGAAGUAGAUAUUGGGCGUAUCACAUUUCCAAGAACCGGUCACGUCCACUUUUUUAUUAACGAAUGUUCCAUUGGUUUAUCCUGCGAGGUCAUUAAGAAAGCCGAGCGACUGAAAAAUACUCCUUGCAUAUCCGCCUUAGGUGGAUGCCUGUUCUUUGCGUUGUCGGCGGCCCUCGCGCUUCCGUCAAUGACGCGAAAACAGAUUCGUCUGAUGCGAUUGCCGUCUAUGCCCUCAUUGCCCUCGCUUUCAUGCGAACAUGCCAACGAAAGCCGACGAUGGAUCGCGGGCCAAGGUCUUCCUCCGCACAUACUCUCGUCCGCUCGCAGGAAUGCCCUGAGACAGUUUCUCGACAAGGUUGCAGAGGAAUGGAAGAUACCCAGCGGGGAUCUUGAUGGCGGUACAAACGCAGAACCAUAUGGCCAAACCGCGUCUGUGCAAUCUCAGGAUGGGGGUGAAUACUACACCUUUUGGGAUCCCCCAAGCGACCGCACCGUCAGCCUUGUAGAGGGUUGUGGGGAUGAAGGCGCCUCGCGGUUUUAUAUCCCCUCCGCUCGAGGUCGCCCUCCCCACUCGAACGACCCUUCCUUAUUCCCUUUAUCCUGCAUUGAGGUGGAGCAGCCUGCCGGGAUACGCCAGGAGCUGGACCUGACGGAUUCGUCGGUGUCCUUUUCCUCGCGAUUGGGGGCAACGCGGCCUCGUUGGGUUUCUUUUCGGUCCUCGACCCUCGUCUUUGGCAACGGCCGGUGGUACGGCGGUGGGAUUGAGGUCAGCCCGCACGCCGACCCCACGGACGGCCUGCUCAGCUGUACGAACUGGGCGGCCACUGCGUGGGCUUUUUUAUGCAGGCUUUUCGCGAUUUACGGGGACGGCCACCUGGGCUGGGAUUCCACCACCGCCUUUGAUGGGGGGCGCUUUGUUGUGGACCUCCCGCGGCCCGCGGCGGGGGAGAUCUGGAUGGAGGCAGACGGGGAAUUCCUCGAGGCCCUCCCCGCGGUCGUGGAGGUGGGGGGCGUGAUAACGUUCCUGGCGCCAUCGUCCUCUAGCAUCCGCCCGGCUUCGGCUUUUUCGUUCUCGCUGAAAAGGAAGAAAAGGACGGAUUGCUGCUCCUGGCGUGGUUCUCCUGCUCCAGGUACGACCCGUGAGCGAAGAGAAGGAAAGAUGUGUGUGCGAUAA